AUGCUCGUUGAUUGCCUGGAUGCCUCUGCCACGACUACGAUCACACGUCCCGUACUCCAAGGCUUGUUUGGUGAGUUGGACAUUUCUUCAAUUGGUUUGAAGUUGUGGAUCUCCGAAAGGAUGCUGCUGGCGGGGGUCAAAAUGCAAAGGGGUGGUAAGAGCACGUUGGAGAACUGUCAGGUUUUACAGGCUACUGUUAAUCGGUUCAAAGGAAAUAAAACCGAGAUAUCCAAGUCAGACCUCAUACAGAAGAGUGCCUAUUGUAGAGUAUCAGGACGGGAUUUGGAUCUUGUGGAACUCUCUGCGUAUGGCAAUGUACGCCGUGCGCAAGACUCAGGUGGCUGUAACAUCCAGUAGCCAUACUGUAGAAGGUGAAAUCUGUAGAGGUUUAUUGAAAGGAUAUCAAAUUUGUUUGUUGGAAAGUAAGUCUUGUUACAGAAAUAUGUGCUUGUAUCAUGUAAUACAAAUUUGAGCUUUCUUAUUAUUUUAAAAUUAACUUUUUAGUAUUAAAAUUAUUUGAACUAAAAAAUUUUUAUUAAAAAGAUUUGAAUU